CAGAACAUUAGCUUAAUAACUCUGCUCCUGAAAGUAUCGCUGUACUGCAGAAUCCAGCAAAAUCUCUCCACAAGGGAGCAAAAGACUUCACAGCGAGGAGAAUUAUUUAAAAGUAAACAGAAAAGAUUGAAGUGCACUCGCGACGUUCUAGAGAACCAAUGCCUACAGUAAUGGACAACCAGUGGUCUUCACCCAAGUUUAUCACUUGUCCUGACUGCGGUGAGAGAUACGACAGUGCACGCAAGAGACGACUGAUCGACACAUGUGGCCAUCCCCGAUGUUACUCGUGUCUUUUCGUGGAUAAACCGUGUCCUUUAUGUCAGAAGCUUCCACAAGACCCCAAGUCACGUGCCAGUUCAUUCCAUGCUGGAAGUUCUGGUUCUGAGGAAUCCUUGAAUACAUCGAGCAACACUCUCUCAUCCGGGAAUCUUACCAAGGAUCAGAGUUCGCUCUCACACCCAGACCUCAGUGUGAUAAACAAAGAACGCGCGGCCACCUUGCCUGCUCGUGGCUUCAGAACAGAUAACUACUUCAGGUCUCUAUACAGAUAUGACCCUCACUCUACGGAAAAUACAGACGUCAAAGAUUUCAAGCAGAGGAACAGAAGCGUGCAAAAUUAUCAUAAAUCACUGGAAAAUCUCUCAGACCAGUUUUGGAAAAGUGUUGAAAGAGCUUCCAGUCCACUGGGACGAAGUACAGUCUCGUCAUUAAAGAGUGAUGAUUCGCUUCCGUCAUCGAUAAGGUCCUCCACGGAUGACGUCACAUCCACUCUUUCCAGACUAACAGUUCCAGACCUACCACGGCGGCGCUCCUCCACGGAUGUCCCGAAAAGACCCGAGUACCAGAAACGUGAUUCGUAUAGAAGCGAAGCCUUACGAAAACCAGACAUUUCCGAAGUAAGGCCACGAUCACAGUCCGACUUUAUCGCUAUAAAAUCUUCCGAAGGAGAAUUCAGGGAAAGGCAUUUCUACACUUUGCCAACCAAUUUCCACCGCUCAGAUUUUGACAGAUAUCGGGCCGGCUCCGAUAAGUCAUCGGACACUUCGCUGCCUUUUUCCGAUUCAUGUUCGGAAAGUUCCGGUGAUUCCGACCAUUUGACUGUUGGCAAUCCGCGAAGCCCGCCGUACAGGGGAAUGACAAAGAGAUUGUCAUAUGACGAGAAUCAAAACGAACGAUUAAAGAUCGCCGAGGAGCGACUCCUGAGUAGAUUGAUGGGGACUGAAGAGGAAGCAAAGAGAAAAAUGGAUGCUAAAAACCCAAUGGAAAAUGACAUCCAUUGGGUGAUAGAGCCUCCUAAGCAAGAUGAGCCUAAGAACACCAGUGGAGUACACACGACCAGCGGUCAUCCAACAAAACCAGAUCCUCCAAAGCGAAGAGAGAGCGGUCAAAGAAUCAAUGUUCAGAAAUCACAGGAGGUCAACGGACAGUAUAGAACAGUUACAUCUCUUUGAUGCGCGUGUCAUACAAGAUAAUAAAAAUAAAUAAAAACAACAACAACAAAAAAAAAAACAGAUUUUGUCAGUACAAGCUGACACGGUAUCUAAUUAUGUUUAGUAUUGUAUUAAUAUUAUUCAAGAUUAUGCUGGAAGGCGCUGUUUAAUAUUAUAUUGAUAUUAUUCAAGAUUAUGAUGAAAGGCGCUCUAGGGACCGCUGUUGAUCAGAGGUCUAAAAGCAGGACUUUUCGGGCGCGUUAUAUAGCUGGUAGAUUGGAAAUGAUUGCGAUGCAGAUAUCGUUUGGUGAUUUUCGUAAUUUGACUCAGUUCAUAGAAGAAAUACCUUAAAAAGAUGUAUUUAUAAGCAGGUUCGACAUUUUAAGUGGUGUGUAAUAUCCUAAAAUUGAAACAUCCAAUUUUUUGUCUCGUUUUAACUGUACAUAACGCUUUGACACGGCGUGGGGUGUCAGUGAAAUGAAGGUGGUGGUUUUAGUCAUUGUUGUGAACAUCUUCAUAGUAGUGAACAAUUCAUUUUUAAGUUUGAGAAAAAAUUAUGAGGUAAUUUAGAAAAAAACUAGUUUUGUAAAAAAUGCACCAAUGGUUAAGGGCUAUGUCUUAAAUUGGAGGAAAUCUCAGUAGAGAUCAAGCUAAACACAUUUUUUAUUUCAACUUUCAAUGAUUACUUGCUAUGUUUAAGGGAAAAAAAACAAAGGGUUGUAGAAAACUCGGCAUUUUAGGGACUAAAAACUAGAUUGAAAAAUUCAGUGCUUUCAGAGCUGUAUGCACAACUUAAGCAAAACUCAUAGUUUAAUACAGUAGGCAAUAUUGCAAUAGCAUGUGAUUCACACGAGCAAUGGCUGUACACUAUGAACGGAUGAUUUCAAAAACAAAUCUUCAAACUUCAGUAAAUGAGAUUUACAAGUGCUUUUUCAGGUAUAUUUCCUUAAAAAAAAAUUACACAUAUCAAUAAACGUUUUUAUGACGAACUCGUUCGAACUUUUCUUCUUUCAUAAACCCUUAAGACCCUAACAUCUGUAUGCAUAUUCUCCAUAGUGAUCUCUAGAUAUUUUCCAAGGUGCCGACAAGGAGAACUUGUUUAACAAUCACGAGCUUCUUUAGUUGGUGAUCAUUUCCUUUAUUCUCAAGACCUUUAUAUGUGAUUCGGGGGAUUGAUGCAAGGAGAAAUUAAAUACUUGUCAGAUGGGUCACAGGGUGAACUUUUUACCUGCUAAUUCGGUCAAUUUUGGUCGUGUUUGUAAAUUGAUAUAACAUUCGUGCACCUGAUGCCAUCAUCUGAGAUAUGUCUAAAUUAAUAAAGGGAGUAAGCUCCUAAAGAAACUGUAGUGCUGCGUCGGUGGGGGUAACAGCGUAAUUUGGUUUUUUCAACUAAGUUGAUUGAAUAGUAAAUCGGCCACCGUAGAGUUAAAGCUGACGUUUCAAACGACAGCAACAACAACGGAAACAACUCCAACAGCGAUACAGCUGAACGGUGGAACAGAAGGAAAGACGACAGAUACAAAAGUGGUGUAAAACUUAAACAAUAGCAACAACAUCGUUAGAAAAUGGUUCAAAUCUGCGGUAGUAUGAGUUAGUUGAAAGCAAGUGAUCGAAAAAUGGGUCGAGGGAAAUCGGAUCUUGUUUGAGUUACCAGGGGGGUUUGAGUUAACUGAGUUCGAAUUUACGAGGUUCCAGUGUUUUAGUCGAAGUGCCGCAUCGGCAGGUUGUAGAUCAAAUAUUUUGAUGAAAUCAAGACUUGACAAACUGAGCGUGUUUUGAUGUGAAUUUGGUGGAAAUGAUUAAACAGAAGCAAACUGCACUGACUCCUUAACCUACAUACUUGAUUCAAGCGUAGCAUUUUCUCCUAAUGGCAGUCACCCAUUCUUACACAGACUUCUUGUUUUGUCUCGCAUAGAAAAUUAUUGUCAUCAACCGCGUAUUUCAAAAUGAAAAAAUUCGAACGGCACCAACCGCUUUAGCUGGGGCCGUUUUCGCUUGUUAUAUCGAUUACCAUCAAAGGAAUCCUUAAAGUGUGUUCAUUAUUUCAAUCGCAGUUGGUUCUCUCAGGGUCGGUUAAAAUACUUUUCGAGACGCCUCUACUAAUCGUGUAUCUAAAUAUCUAAAAUAUAGUACUAGCAUAUGCACCCAGGACGCGGCCACCGCAUUACUGGGGCACUUUUAGCUUAAUUUAGAGUUACGCAUUUUUAAAUAUGGGACACAACAAAAUAUGUUCCUACGUACGGAGAAGGUUGUUGAAUUUUGUCCUUACCAAACUCCCAAUCAGUUAAGACGAACGAUAGGCGAGGGAAGGGCGAGAGGUUGGAGGGAGAGAGAGAACUUCCUUCCUUCCGUAACUUCAGUUCUCGCAGGUCUUUUUCACUCACUCGCCUGCUUUUCGCUUUUUUGUUUUUUUAAUUUUUUGUUUUGUUUUUGUCAUGAUACGAAAGCCCAGAACAGGCUACAUUUAAUUACGAUUCAUUUCGAAAUCAUUAAACAACAA